GCCAAAGUCCAAAUAAAAUAUUGGUUCUGAGAUUCCAUUUCAGACGAUUUUUUGAGCUUCAGUGGCCAAGAUUCCAUUUCUUCGAAUUCCCAGAUUUUUUCUCUAGUAAAGGUCAGAUUGUGAUGGGUUUGGUGUUUCUUGGAGUCAUCUUGUGUAUAUAAUCAGACUUUUAAACUAGGUUAUUUAUUGCUCGAAAGCCUAUUCCCCCUUAAUAUUCUGGUCUUUUCAAUGGAUGAACACUCUGUAAAAACACCUCUUCUUUCGACCGAAGGCAAUAAUGGCCUUGAUUAUGGCAAGUUCAAAUCCAUAUUGGCAUCAUCCACCAAACUUGUUCUCAAAUUCACAAUGUGGAUUAUCUUUAUUUCCUGGGCUACUUUCAUCUUCCUUUACCCAUCUGAGUUUGUCAAUGGUUGGUAUGAGAAAUACCUUCACUCCACCACUGGAACAGUGUUUGGGAUCACAGGGAGUAUAUUUCUGGUAUUCAGUGCCCCAAUUCUGGUCAUUGCAUUUCUGGCUAUAACACAUCUUUUCUUAUCUGGGGAAGAGGAAUUCCAAGAGAAGAAGUUGUCAAAAAAUCCAUGGUUCCGGUUGUGGACAUUCCCAGUUAUUGUGGACGGACCAUUUGGGGUUGUUUCUGCUGCUGAGUUGAUUGGGAUUCUCCUCUUUUCUAUGUUUACCAUAUGGGCUGUUUAUGCAUACACUCUAGCGAACUUCAACAUCCUAUCCAAGUUUCAGUUGACCUUUAUAGAGGAAAGUUAUUUGAUGCUGGAGCUGACGGGACUUCGCUUUGGUAUGAUUGGGUUACUUUGCUUGGCAUUUUUGUUUCUCCCUGUUGCAAGGGGUUCGGUUCUUCUCCGCCUUGUAGAUAUCCCUUUUGAGCACGCGACUAGAUAUCAUGUAUGGUUGGGACAUCUCACUAUGCUCCUCUUUACUCUCCAUGGGCUAUUCUACGUAAUAGCAUGGGCAUUGCAAGGUCGUCUCCUAAGUCAAAUAUUGGAGUGGAAAAACAUUGGUGUGGCGAACCUUGCUGGAGUCAUCAGCCUUGCAGCUGGUCUAUUCAUGUGGGUGACGUCACUUCGGCCAGUGAGGAGACAAAACUUCGAGUUGUUCUUCUAUACACAUCAACUAUACAUUGUCUUUGUUGUCUUCUUGGCCAUGCAUGUUGGUGAUUUCAUUUUCAGUAUAGCUGCUGGAGGAAUAUUUAUCUUCAUACUUGAUCGAUUUCUUAGAUUCUGUCAAUCAAGAAGGACUGUCAAAGUAAUAUCGGCCAGUUGUCUUCCCUGUGGAACGGUGGAACUGGUAGUUUCAAAACCAGCAAAUCUGCAAUACAAUGCCCUCAGUUUUAUUUUUCUUCAAGUUCGGGAAUUAUCCUGGCUGCAAUGGCAUCCUUUUAGCGUCUCAUCAAGUCCUUUGGAUGGGAAGCACCAUAUGGCAGUUCUCAUUAAGGUUCUUGGCAAAUGGACGGAAAAGCUAAAAGGGAGAAUCUUAAAUGGUCCCAAGGAGGACUGUGCAUUGGAAUCGUUACAGCCUCAAGCAAACAUAACUGUUUCUGUAGAGGGGCCAUAUGGGCAUGAAUCCCCAUACCACUUAAUGUAUGAAAACCUUAUUUUAGUCGCAGGAGGAAUUGGAAUAUCACCAUUCCUUGCUAUCUUGAGUGAUAUUCUCCACCGUAUUAAUGAUAGGAAACCAUGUCUCCCAAGAAAUGUCUUAAUAAUUUGGGCUGUGAAAAACUCGGAUGAGCUUCCUCUUCUUUAUGGCCUCGACAUGGAAUCAAUCUGUCCAUUUUUCUCUGACAUGCUGAAUCUUGAGAUUCAAACUUACGUCACUCGAGAAUCAGAAUCUCCGCUGGAGGCGGGUGAAGUAACCAAGUCUGUGAGCUCUUUCGGAUUUCCUGUCCGCAACCCAUGCGGCAUUUCAGUAUUGGUUGGCACAGGAAAUAUCACUUGGUCUGGACUUUAUGUCAUAUUGUCUACGAUUGGAUUCGUUCUUUCUGUGGGCUUGUUACAAACAUUUUAUAUAAACGCUUUUGGUAUAUCUUCUUGGUGGUACAAGGGGCUUCUAUUUGUUGCUUGUAUGGUUGGGAGUCCCAUUAUCUUUGGUGGUGUUGUGGUUGGUCUGUGGCAUAUUUGGGAAAGGAAAACUUCAGCAAAAGAAUCAGAUGAAGAUGAUGGGCAAAAUAUUGGAAUCAUGCAGAAUAAUCAGCCAAGUGCACAAAAGGAGUCGAGUGAGGAUUACACUGCUACUUCAAAUAGUAUUCGGUAUGGACGCAGACCAGAUUUCGAAGAGAUAUUUGGAUCGAUAGUAGAGCGAUGGAGCCAUGUUGACGUUGGUGUGAUGGUGUGUGGUCCUCCAACUCUCCAGACAAGCAUUGCUAAAGAGUGCAGGUCCCAGAGUUUAAGGAGAAAAUCCAAUCACCCAAUCUUCCAUUUCAAUAGCCACAGCUUUGACCUGUAGCAAGCUUCUACCCAUUCCAUUCUGAGCUGGUAGAGUUGAGCUUCUUCUAUGGAUGCACAUAGAUUCUACGUAUAGGUAUAUGCAAGUAUGGGUGUAUAUAUAUAUGUGUGUGUGUGUGUGUGUGUGUGUAUUAAUAUGUAGGCCAUAUAUAUGCAUAGAGAGAGUGAGUAUAGGAAUCUAUGAUUGUGAAUCAAGAACUGUGACGUGUUUCAUGUAAAAUUAAAAGCGUAAUAUAAAGCGCACUCUCUAUGUUACUUGUACUACAUAUUUCAAAUGUUAAUUUUCCUGCAAAUCCA